CACGCGAAGGCCUACACCAGCGGAUCGAAUCUUUCGACUCGGUCGGUGCAUGCUUUGCAAUACUUAUAUUACCGUCUUCUAGUAUCUCAGCAUUGUCGCGUUGUGGACGAUCUGUUUCAGGCUGUCGCGAGCACCACAAGCUGAGUGUGGCCUGUCACUCCGCCACCACACUGCCGUGAAGCGAUCGCGAACCUCUCCACCCCAUUAGCGCUUCGAUCCUCCGCUUGGCCUCCUUCUCGGGUCGCAUUUUGCCACUGAUCGAGAAACGCUUGUUGCUCGAGACAAAUUUUGGCCUCAUUCCACCAUGGGCCGGCGGAAGAUUGAGAUCAAGGCGAUCAAAGAUGAUAGAAAUCGAUCAGUAACAUUUCUCAAGCGCAAGGGCGGUCUCUUCAAGAAGGCACAUGAACUGUCCGUAUUAUGCUCGGUCGAUGUCGCCGUCAUCAUUUUCGGUCACAAUAAAAAGCUCUAUGAGUUCUCCUCUGGUGAUAUUAACGAGACCAUUGGUAGAUAUCAAUAUUAUGGGACUCCCCAUGAGCACAAAGGUCCAGCGGAUUUUGCAGGAAAGAAAGUCGUCGAUGAUGAUGAUGACGAUGAUGCCCCGACUCCUCCUGGCUCGCAUUCUUCCCAAGACCAACAACAUAUGCAAGCACCGCCAAUUCAAAAUCAACCCGGAUAUCAACAUAUAGCUCACCAGACGCCCUCAGUGUCUCCACCUGUUUCGAAUGGUAUUCCCUAUCAUCAACGACAUGGUACUCCGCAACCGCAGGUUUCAUCACGACCUUCAUCUCGGAAUGCUAUUCGUCGAUCAAGUUCAAAUCUUGUUCCCCAUGCGCAAGCGCCCCCGCCUCCGCCUCCUCCGCCACCACCUCCUCCCCAAGGGCAAAAUGGUUAUGCUUAUAUGGCGAAUCCUCCUAUUUUCAAUCCACAAGCAGGCACAGGGAUGCCGAUGGCGCCGCAGCCUGGUCAACAAACCCCAUAUCAAUAUCCGCACCCCCGACCUCCACCAUCUCAAGCGCAGCAAGUGUAUUUGCAAGAUCAAAGAAGGCAAUCGAUGCCCCCAGCUUUUCCACAACAAGAGCGGUUGCAGCCGGUGCAGGCUACUACCUCGCCUCCCCAACCUCCACGUCCCGCUGAUCACCCACCCACGCUUCCAGCUUUAGAGACCAAACUGGUUCCUGCAAAGUCACGAAGUAUAUUCACUCCAAUAGAUGAUAGUCGGUCAUUACUUGCUCAGCAUUGGGGAAUCGGCACAACCGCAGCGGAGCCGCCGCGACCAGAAGCUCUAGUCAAAGCAGAAGGGGGUCCUCGGGCUCAAUCCGUCGAUGUCGGAAGCGUUUCGCGAAACAAUGCUACCGUUCGACCACCUGCUCCUCCUGCCCCUCCCCCAAAGAGACCACCGCCAAUUUCUCAGCGCACUCUUCCAACACCGGCCGAAAUCUCUGCACCUGUUCGCCCCGCUAGCACACAAUCUCAGGGCGCAAAACGACCUCGACUAAAGGUUCAGAUCCCCGAAGAGCAAUCUGAGGGCGGUAGCGCUACCGCCGAAUCGUCUCCGCGCGUUUCCGGUGGGGGCGCAGGAGGUACACCCCUGAAGACAAGUCACGAUCUCGGCCCUGCAUCUGGGGUUGUUCUCCCUCCUCCAUCUCCCAGUGCAAGUGCGCUUCUCAGUGCCGGGGCCACUGGCCCGCCCAAUCCCUUCGCGCGCCCGCCUCCGCCAGCCCCGAAUGUGGGCAACACGGCCGGCAGCAGUGGGCCCUACGGUAGUGCCAACAUCGAGACGCCGAUAUCUGCUCUUCCCAGCCGCUUCGUUGCUGAUGGACUCCUGCCGUCACCAUCCAGUUUCUAUCCCGAAUGGGGUUUUGGUCGCAGCGGUGGCGAUAGCAACAUGUUACCCAGUCCUCUCAAUUUCCAAACUCCAAUAGCAGCUACAGGUCCUAGCUUCCUCCGAGAUGACGAAGCGGAUCGAAAGCGAAAGAGUCCUGAAGGACAAAGCUCCGAGGGCGAAAGCAGUAAAAGAAUCAAGACGUAG